CACAACCACUCUUCAUUUGGUAAACCCUUUACAAUAAGUUUCCCGAAAGCCGAGACUGCCUUGGACUGUCGGUAUCAGAUCACAUUAUAUCAUAAUGAUGAUAUUAUUAUUUUGUUUUGUUUACAGGUAGUUAAUUUGGUAUGGAGGCAGACAAGAAGGUCAAGAGACAGGGCCCAUGGAGAGACUUGCUUCAGUUAAGUAGUUUAGGCGCAGAUAUAUUAAAUUUGAAGGAAACUGUGUCUCUGUGUGUAUGUGUGGAAAUCAGGUGGACAGUACAGUUGCAUACGUCUCCAUCUCAUCUGAUUUUAACCACCAACCAAGGAACCUAAUACCCACACUAUUCCUCCUCCUCCUCCUCCUCCUCCUCCUCCUCCUCUCUCUCUCAUUGAUCUUCUUUCUUUGCCUUCUUCUUGUUCAGUUUUUUUCUUCUUCUCAGCCUUGCUUGUAAUUCCUUGCAUCGUUUUCUGCUAUAAAAUUAUCAAUUCCUAUACUGAACUUGUUGUGAAGAGUGAUCUGCACUCUCAUUUGAUUCUAAGGUACCGUACUCUCUCAACUUUUGAACUUUAUUUUAAUUAGAGUUAGAGCCAAAAGGGUACCUAAAUAAGCAGUUUCUGCAUUCAAGUUGCUUACAUUAUAUAGAAAGACGAUGGGUGGAAAUGGGGUGUUGUACCCAAUUCUUGGAUUUGCUACAUGUGUGGCUUUUAUUUACAUGUCUUUUGGCGACUUGAAGCUUAGUAGUCUCCCUAAGGGACUAAGUUUAAGUUUUGUGGAAAGGAAUGGGAGUCACUUCAUUUUGGAUGGUAAACCGUUAUAUGUGAAUGGAUGGAAUUCAUACUGGUUAAUGGCUCAUUCAAUGGAUGAAAAUAGCAGGGGUAGGGUGAGUGUAAUGCUGCAAGCUGGUGCAAAGAUGGGUCUCACUGUUUGUAGAACUUGGGCCUUCAAUGAUGGAGGGUAUGAGGCUCUCCAGAUUUCCCCUGGCCAGUUUGAUGAGCGAGUUUUCCAGGCCUUGGAUUAUGUCAUAGCGGAAGCAAGUCGACAUGGAAUUAGGUUGCUUCUUAGCUUAGUAAAUAACUUGCAAGCAUAUGGUGGAAAGACACAAUAUGUGAAGUGGGCAUGGCAAGAAGGCAUUGGUUUGAGCUCUUCUAAUGAUUCUUUCUUCUUUGACCCAUCAAUCCGCAAAUAUUUCAAGAAUUAUGUCUUGACUGUCCUAACAAGGAAGAACACCAUCACUGGAAUUGAAUAUCGGAACGAUCCAACCAUCUUUGCUUGGGAGUUAAUAAACGAACCCCGUUGCAUGUCUGAUCCUUCUGGGGAUACUCUUCAAGAAUGGAUAGAAGAGAUGACAGGUUUUAUAAAAUCAAUAGACAAAAAUCAUCUAUUGACCAUUGGCCUGGAAGGAUUCUAUGGUCCUAAAAGCCCCAAGUCAGCUGUGAAUCCAGGGGAGUGGGCAUCAACCCUUGGAUCUGAUUUUGUCCGCAACUCCAACAUUACAAAUGUCGAUUUUACCUCUGUUCAUAUAUAUCCUGACCAUUGGUUUCAUGAUCUAGGAUUUGAAGAAAAACAAAGGUAUGUUUCCAAGUGGGUGCGUUCGCACAUUGAAGAUUGUGACAAAGAACUGAAGAAGCCUGUUAUGUUCACAGAAUACGGCUUGUCAAAUCAGAACAAAGACUUCCAGGCAUCCCAGAGAGAGCAGUUUUAUAGGACUAUUUUAGACAUCAUCUAUAAAUCUGCUAAGAAGAAAGGGUCUGGGGUGGGUGCUUUAGUCUGGCAAUUCCUUGUUGAAGGAAUUGAAGAGUACAACGAUGAUUUUGGGCUUGUGCCGUGGGAAACCCCAUCCAUUCACAAACUCACAAUACAACAGUCUUGCAGAUUGGCCAUAAUCCAAGGACUUAAUCAACAAACUGGUAACUUGAAACAACUGUGUUCCUAGAGAUACUAGGUGAGAAACCUCACUUGUAUAACCAUUUUUUAUUUUUAUUGUUUUUUUUUCUCAUCACCAUACUUGAAAUUACAUUUUCCAACCAAUGGUAUAGUUUUAGGAAGAAUUCUAGGAAUUGCUAGGGUUCAAAAUUCAUGCUGAAUGCUUUGUUUGUCAAGUAGAUGAUGCAAUUAUUUCAAUGUCUCGUUAAGACAGAUCAAGAAGUACUUACAUGAAACAUGAUAUGAAUGAACAAA